UAUGUGUUUACCUUAUGGAUGUCUCAAAUGCUUCGUUUAAUUAGAAGGAUGGUUAACCUUUGUGAUUGGUAUUUUAGCCAUUGUAGCUGCUAUUAUAAUCACAGUGAUAUAAAAGGCUUUUGAUAGUGCACUUAAGGAUCUUGGGAUAGUAUGAUUGAUUUAUAUAAUUUAGACAGAUAUAGAUACUAGUGUGAUUGUGGUGCCAUUUUGGAUAUUUGCAUCAAUUGUUAUAUUCUUUGCAAUUAGUGGUUUAUGUGGAGCCAAACAUAGGAGUAAAUGCUUAUUAGCAAUAUUUAAUUUGGGAAAUAUUUGUUUGUUUUUGGCUUUCUUAUCUCUUUCUUUGGUAGCUUAUGUUUUUGGAAGUCUAUUUUAAGAUAAAGAUUGCCUAAAAGAAUAAAGUGUAUAAUAAAUUGAGGAUUUAUACAGUAUGGCUGAAAAAACUCUUUGUAAGGAAUCAUGUUAGUGUUAUUACUCAUAAGAAAUGAAUAAAUAGGUUGAAUCAGCUGUCAAAAAUUACACACCUAGUGAUAAAACAAAAGUAUAUAUAAUAAAAUAAUCUCAUUUUAGCCAACUUAAGUAUAAGAAUGCCCUGGAUUUAAUAAAGAUUAUAAGUUGUCAGCAUCAGCUCUCUCAUGGAUGGAAGAAAAAUUGGAAUGUUCUGGGUGGUGUACAGGAUAUCCUAUUCAAUAAUUUAAUAAUGUAAAUUCAAAAGUUAAAAGCUAUAAGUAUGCUUUUGAUUCUUAUAUUUUCUAGUAAUCCUUGUUACAAAGCAAUGCUUACCUACUUUGAAAGUGCAUUUAAUACAACAGGUGCUAUUCUGAUCUCUAUAGCAUCAGUGUUUGGAUUGAUGGUCAUAAUGACUUGUUGUCUUUGCUGCCAUCCACAUAAUAGCAAUAAAGGAUCAGAUUAUUAUACAAGAUUAGCAUACACAGCAGAUUGAU